GGAGUCACUGUUGCUGGGAGGUGGGAGCGGGAUUUGCGGGCAGUUGGAAAGCCCGCGAAACGCUCCUUCCGGCAGCGAGGCCGGACGGGCGCUCUCGGGCAGCAGGAAGAGGAGGUGUUUCCUUUCUCAGCCCCGCCUUCUUUUCAUGCCAAUAUCCGAGCUCCACGCAGCUUUCCUGCUCGGACCUGAGCCCCGCCUCUAUCAGAGGAACCCCUCCUUCGCACAUUUGCCCUUUUGUGUCUCCGGCCUUGUCAAACCCUGCUACGCCGUCUCUACGCCCCCUCCCGCAGUCCCCGACUUCUCUUCGCUGGGUUCCGCUGUCGAUGCCCAUUUGGCUGCGGCCGGUAACAGCCCGGGACUACAUUUCCCAGCAGGCCGAGCGGCCGGCGCCGCGGCUGCGGUCAGGUGACCGAGUCGCCUGACCCGCGGAUUGUCAGUGGUUCGCCCCGAGGAGAGCUGACUGCCCUGGGCUGCUGCUGACCUCCGGGAGAGUUGAGCUAAAAUGUCCCCGGAAUCCAAAAAGCUUUUCAACAUCAUUAUUUUAGGAAUUGCCUUUAUGUUCAUGUUCACCGCCUUUCAAACUUGUGGAAAUGUGGCGCAAACUGUCAUCAGGAGCUUAAAUAGCACAGAUUUUCACGGCAGUGGAUAUACCAGCAUGGCAAUUAUUUAUGGAGUGUUCUCUGCUUCAAAUUUGAUUACACCAUCAGUGGUUGCCAUUGUAGGACCUCAGCUCUCUAUGUUUGCUAGUGGUUUAUUUUACAGCAUGUACAUUGCCGUUUUUAUCCAGCCUUUCCCAUGGUCCUUCUACACAGCCUCUGUUUUCAUUGGAAUUGCAGCUGCUGUGCUUUGGACAGCACAAGGAAACUGCCUUACAAUAAAUUCAGAUGAGCACACUAUUGGGAGAAACAGUGGAAUUUUCUGGGCACUCUUACAAUCCAGCUUGUUCUUUGGAAAUCUCUACAUCUAUUUUGCUUGGCAAGGGAAAACGCAAAUAUCAGAGAGUGACCGGAGGACCGUGUUUAUUGCCCUGACAGUGAUUAGCCUUGUCGGGACAGUUCUUUUCUUUCUCAUUCGGAAACCAGAUUCUGAAAACGUCCUGGGAGAGGAUGAAUCUUCUGAUGACCAGGACCUGGAAGUCAACGAGUCUGCCCAGAACAAUAUGACAAAGGCAGUAGAUGCAUUUAAAAAGUCUCUUAAGUUGUGUGUCACCAAGGAGAUGCUCCUUCUUAGUAUUACAACUGCUUAUACAGGUCUGGAGUUGACUUUCUUCUCUGGUGUGUAUGGAACCUGUAUUGGCGCUGUAAAUAAAUUUGGAACAGAAGAGAAAAGCCUCAUUGGACUUUCUGGCAUUUUCAUUGGCAUUGGAGAAAUUUUAGGUGGAAGCCUCUUUGGCCUGCUGAGCAAGAAUAAUCGUUUUGGUAGGAAUCCAGUUGUGCUGUUGGGCAUCCUGGUGCAUUUUACAGCUUUUUAUUUAAUAUUUCUCAACAUGCCUGCGGACGCCCCUAUUGCUCCUGUCGAAGGAACUGAUAGCAGUGCUUACAUCAAAUCCAGCAAAGAAGUUGCCGUCUUCUGCAGCUUCCUGCUGGGCCUGGGGGACAGCUGCUUCAACACCCAGCUGCUCAGCAUUCUGGGCUUCCUCUACUCCGAGGACAGCGCCCCGGCCUUUGCGGUCUUUAAGUUUGUUCAGUCCAUUUGUGCAGCUGUGGCAUUUUUCUACAGUAACUACCUUCUCCUUCAUUGGCAACUCCUGGUCAUGGUGAUCUUUGGGUUUUUUGGAACUGUUUCAUUCUUCACUGUGGAGUGGGAAGCUGCCGCCACUGUAGCCCGCGGCUCCGACUACGGAAGCAUCUGAUGAGGCGCCAGUGCGAGGAGGCGCGCGUCUUCACCCGACACAGCUGAGUGCCGGGGCUGGGUUGAAGAAGCCACAUUUCGUUGUCACAAUAGAUUGGAUGAUGUUUAGUACGGAAAGUCAAAGAAUUAAGACUGCUGAAUCUGCCAGAGUUGGUAUUCAAGUUUACAGAUAUUAGCUAUUUAAAACAAGUGGACUAAGGGAAGUUUGUUCCGUCAGUUAUAAUUGUUCAAAGAUGUUGUUUUUCAGUUAAUCUAACUCAAGUUCCUUAUAAUCAUGUUACAGAAUGUAAAUGUUUUCUUCUCCCUCCUGUUCUCGUUGAAAGGUCCUGCCUUGAUUCAAAAUACUAGGCCCUGUGUCAUAUAAAGACUCCUGCUCCGGAUGAAUUCUGUGUUACUGUGGAAUAGGAGGGAGCACCUGCCACUCCGUAUAUGUGUCUGGGGAUGACAUGUAAAUAAAUUGUGAGAUGCUGAAGUGGAAUCUUCUCUUUGAAAAGAUUUGCACUUUCUUCCUCUUUAAACGUUUGGUUUGAUAAGUUUUCUUACCUUGCAGUUCAUAGCAAGGAGUGGCUAAUUAAGUACAUAUUAUAAAGUGAGGUAAAAAUUGUCUUAAAUCUUAAAAAAACAGUAAUAUAAUAACAUUUGUAAAUGAACAAAACACAUUAAAAAAACAAACACAUUUACUGGAGGAGGAUUUUUGCUAGUAAUUUUCCUAGAGGAUGUAAUGCAGACCCCAUUCCAUACAUGUGUCUGGGGGUGGGGCGCAACUAUGUGGGGAGAUGUUUAAGUGGACAUGUUAGCUUUCAUCCAGCAGAGCUUGCUUAAAAAAACUUUUUUAAUUGGGAUGUAAUUCAGAAACCGUCAAACUCACCAUUUUAAAGUGUACAGUGUAGUGGUUUUUUAGUCUAUUCACAAGGUUGUACAGCUAUCACUGUGAUCUAAUUCCAGAACAUUUUCAUCACCCUGAAAAGAAACCCCCUGCCUCUCAGCAUUCAUUCCCCGUUCCCUGGGCUAGAACUGGCAGUCACUGUCUACGUUGUGUCUCUGGAGUUGCCUGUUCUGGACAUUUCACAUGAACACGGGAGCCCGCCUUUAACUGUGAUGCUUAACUGUAUAAACGAGUUUUCUGGCAAAGUGAAUUUAGCCAAGAAGACAAACAAUGUCUUGUUUCCCACUGUUUUUUAAAAACCUGCUAGAAACUUAGAAAUGUAUAGUUGACUUACAAAUCUAAAGAAAUACGAUAGAACGUGACUUUCAGAUGCCAUGGCAAGCGCAGGGAGUCCAAAAACCCUGUAGUUAGCUAGAGUCCUUAGAGAAGUUCCGUUUGUGUGGAACACAAAACCCUUCUGUAGUAGGUUACCAAGUUUUGAGUUUCUUUCUUGAAGUUGAGAUAAACUUACUUAUUAGUUGACCCUGUAUAAAUAAUUUGUAAAUGCUAUUUCGGAAUUAAUACGAAUGAUGUUAUCAUCUCUUGAAGCACAUUAUUGUUGACCCAGGUGUAUUCAUCUAUCACGGCGUGUUACCCCGAAACUCAGCCGCGUAAAACAGCACACCUUUAUCAUCCCACACUGUCUGUCCGUCAGGAGUCUGGGCGUGGCUAGGCUAGAUCCUCUGAUCAGGGUCUGUCACAAGGCUGCAUGCAGUCAAGGUGUUGGCUGGGCUCUGCUCUGGGAGGCCCCACCUCUCAGCUCACUCGUGUGGUUGUUGGCAGGAGUUGGCUCCCAGCAGGCUGUUGGACGAAGGGUCUUAGUUCCUCAUGGCUGUUGGCUGAAAGCCACCCUCUGUUCCUUGUUCCAUGGAGCUGUCCUCAGGGCAGCUCACAACAUGGCAGCUGUCUUCAUCAAAGAAAGCGAGCGAGAAAAGCCAAAGGGAGAGUGGGAGCAAGACAGAAGUCACGGUCUUUUAUAACUUCAUCUCGAAAGUGACACCCCCUCACUUUUGCUGUUUUCUCUUUGUUAGAUGCAAGUCACUAGCUCCCGCCCAUACUCAAGGGAGGGGUUUACACAGGGGACUGGGGACCAACAGGCAGGGAUCUUUGGGACCAUCUUACGAGACUGCUUAUCACUCUGGGCUUAAGCUCUCUGACACUGAGGCUGAGAACUGGAUCCUGCAUUCCCACAUCGCUCCUUCUCCCAGGCUCCUUCUUCAUAAUGGGUCUCACCAACAAGGCUGGCGGAAAGAGGUUCAGAAGCCUCUGUUAACGACGCUGAGCACUUCAAUCCAGGGAAGCCGUGGCAUCCUAUCACCUCCUGCAGGAGUCCCGGGAACUGUUGUCGGAGGGAGACGAGCUGGAGUGAGGUGGAUGCGUCGGAACACGGCUUCCGGGCACCUCCCACCGCUGUGCGCGGCAUUAUUCACUUCAAGUUCUGUACUCACCUUUUUUGUUUCUUGAGGUCUUGUUUUUACUUAGUUUUUAUGUCUAUAUGUAGCAUUGCUCUCGGUGGGCCCUUUGGAUGGCUGCUAUCAUUAAGUUCAUCUUUUAAAUUUUUAUUAUUUGUGUUAAAAAUGAAACGUGACAAUGAAAUAAAGAGUAAUUUUUAUACUUCUCUGAUA